GUAUUUUUUUUUUCAAUGCAGGUCAAGGGGAACUGGGUGCCUAAGCAAAAAAAGAUUUCCAUGCUGAUGGAAGAUCUGCAGAAGAUCAGGCAACAAUUCUCGUUUGUUCAGCCUGUUCUGGUAUCUGGAAACGAAGUUAAGUUUGCUUAUAAACUCGCCAGGGAAUCGAUACUUCCUCGUGGAGCUGCUCGCCAAGCAAAAGUAGCUUGGAAAGAGGAGUGUCUCAUCUGCUACAGCGAGUUCGAUCUCGAGCGCAUGUUUUCCGUUGGUAAAUGCCGUCACCGCUUUUGCUUCCACUGCGUGAAGCAGCACGUGGAGGUGAAGCUGCUUCACGGAACGGUUCCAAACUGUCCUCACGAUGGCUGCAAGUCCGAGAUGGUUAUGGAUGCGUGUCGCAGGCUUUUGACUCCGAAACUGAGCGAAAUGUGGAAGCAAAGGAUUAAAGAUAACGCGAUACCUGUCGCGGAGAGAGUCUACUGCCCUUAUCCUAGGUGUUCGGCUUUGAUGUCCAAAACCAAGAUAACUGAAUCUGCCAAGAGCUUGCUCUCUGUGUACCCUGAGUCUGGAGUUAGGAGGUGCGUUGAAUGUCGUGGACUCUUCUGUGUGGAUUGUAAAGUCCAGUGGCAUGGGAAGGUGUCAUGCACCGAGUACAAGAAACUGCAUCCUAAUCCUCCAGCAGAUGAUGUGAAGCUAAACUCUCUCGCGAAUAACAAAACGUGGUGUCAGUGUGACAAGUGCCAACACGUGAUUGAACUUACACAGGGAUGCAAUCACAUAACUUGCAGAUGUGGGUUUGAGUUUUGCUACAACUGUGGAGGAGAAUGGAACAAGGAGACGGGGACUUGUGCUAAACACUGCCCCACCUUGGAGGAAGCAUGCUUCACGCGUCAAGUCUGUGUGGGGACUAACAACUACUAUGAUUAUGAUGAUGAAGAAGACUAUGAAGAAGAUUAUGAUUCAGAUUACGACGUGGAUGAUGAAGAUUCUGAUUACGGCUUUGGUGACUUCCCAUUUGGUUUUGGGCAGAAGAAUAUGAAUGAUGCUAAUCCUGAAGAUUCCUUUGAUCCUUUCUCCGAACUGCCUCCUGGUGUGCCCCGUUCCCACCGGAUGCUGGAGUACAAGGCUCUUCACCACAUGCUUAACCCGGGUGUGGAGUUUGCAAGUGAGGACUGCCCAUACUUUGGAAAGUAUGGAAAGUACGCUACGUUUUAUGACUCGGACGGCUAUGAAUACGAUGAUUACUCCAACCCUUUCCAUCCUGACUACGACUGAGGUUUCUUUUCUACUUGCUUCAUUAAUGAGUUUGAUGGGUUUGAUGGAUUAUGAUUGACUACAAUAGUUCAUAGGGUUAGAUUGGUAUGUGAGUUCAUGUCUAACUGC